GAAAUUACAUACAGCCAGAAAUUUUAUUUAUUCCGUAUUGCAUACUAUGUAUCUUUUUUAAAUUUUAGUUAUUACUACUCAUGCGCUCAGCCCCAUGGUACAAUUGAGACGAGUCUUCAUUUUAUGGUGCAAAUCAGGCUACACCGAGCCACUGAGCUGAUCUGUCCUCUAAGAAAUUGUGUCAUUUUGUCCUCUCUACAGAUCCUGAAAAUCUAUGCCAGAAUGGUUUAGCUUUCGACUUUUUUUUGUUUUCGUGCAAAGUGAAUAUGUCAAAGACUGUGGCGAUACUGGCGAUAUGCAGUUAGCGUUAAACUGAAAUCAAUUGCAAUUGUGAAUUGUAGGCGCAGAUAUCAAUGAAUCGUUAUGAAUUAUUAAUAUCCAAGUGAUCAUAGUUGGAUCCACGACAUGGCAUCUCGUAGAUGGUUCCAUCCCAACAUUUCGGGUUUAGAAGCAGAACGUUUAUUAAUGGAACGAGGUUAUGAUAGUUCAUUUUUGGCAAGACCCAGCUCAUCCAAUCCUGGUGAUUUUACAUUAUCCGUGAGACGAAAUGGUGAAGUGACUCACAUAAAAAUACAAAAUACAGGAGACUUUUAUGAUCUUUACGGUGGCGAGAAGUUUGCAACGUUGUCAGAACUUGUGCAAUUUUAUAUGGAAAACGGAGGACAAUUGCGUGAAAAAAAUGGUGAAAUUAUUGAACUGAAGUAUCCCUUGAACUGCGCAGAUCCAACAACCGAAAGGUGGUUCCAUGGCCAUUUAUCAGCUAAAGAAGCAGAACGUUUAAUGCUGGAGCGAGGUAAAAAUGGAUCGUUUCUGGUUCGUGAAUCCCAAAGUAAACCUGGUGACUUUGUAUUAUCCGUGCGCACAGACGAUCGUGUUACACAUGUUAUAAUACGAUCUCAGGAUAAUAAAUAUGACGUUGGAGGGGGUGAUAAGUUUGAUAGUCUGACUGAUCUAAUAGAACAUUAUAAACGCAAUCCAAUGGUUGAAACGAGUGGAAGCGUUGUACAUUUAAGGCAACCUUUCAAUGCUACUCGUAUAAAUGCUAGUGGCAUUGAAAGCAGAGUAAGGCAAUUGCAUAAAGAAAACGGCUGUUCGAACGGAUGGUUAUGCUGGAACGGAACCACCGGCGGUAACGAAGCUGGAAUAGGGCGUGGUAAAGGAAAAGCUGGUUUUUGGGAAGAAUUUGAGUCAUUGCAACAGUUAGAGUGCCGUCACUUAUUUUCCAGAAAGGAAGGUUUACGUCCCGAGAACCGGGCAAAGAAUCGGUACAAAAAUAUCUUACCAUUUGAUCACACAAGAGUGCGAUUAAAGGAUGUUGAUCCAAACGUUCUUGGAGCCGAUUACAUCAAUGCUAAUUACAUUAGGAAUGAAGAAGGAGACGGACAAUCCGGCGGAAUCAUUACCGUCGGUGAUGUUGGUGCAUUUAAUAAGUGUUACAUCGCAACGCAAGGUUGCCUUCCAAACACGAUAGCAGACUUCUGGCAUAUGGUAUACCAAGAAAAUACCAGAGUAAUAGUGAUGACUACCAAAGAAAUGGAAAGAGGAAAGAACAAAUGCGCCCGUUAUUGGCCAGAAGAAGGCGAAAUUGCAGAAUACGGUAGCGAAUGGAAAGUACGAGCCUUGUCGCGCACUUCAACAGCGGAUUAUACACUACGGGAAUUUAUUUUACAUGGAAAUAAAUCGUGUUUCGCGGAAUCUAGAAGAAUUUAUCAUUAUCAUUUUCAAGCAUGGCCUGAUCACGGGGUUCCUUCGGAUCCUGGAUGUGUAUUAAAUUUCCUUCAUGACGUUAAUGCGAGACAAGAGUCGAUUACUGCAUCCCUUACAUCGAGUAGCCAAAAUGCACAAAGUAUAGGGCCGAUUCUUGUACAUUGCAGUGCUGGAAUUGGUAGAACGGGAACGUUUAUAGUUAUCGACAUGAUUCUUGAUCAAAUUAAACGACACGGCUUAGAUUGUGAAAUUGAUAUUCAAAGAACGAUUCAAAGAGUACGUUCGCAAAGAUCAGGAAUGGUUCAAACUGAAGCACAAUAUAAGUUCGUCUACCUUGCUGUGUUACAUUAUAUUGAAACUGUGUCUCAACGAAUGCAGGCAGAACAGAAAUCUCUUCAUCUAGGUCGAGAAUAUACAAAUAUACGUUAUAAAAGUGAAACAAACGCUACAACAAAUAUAGGUGAUAUACCUAUUCCUACAUGUACCGCAACGACCGUUACAACAUCGGCACAUUUCACGUUACCCACUCCUAUCAGUAGUUUGAGGCCAAAGUAAUUACUAAUAUCAAGAUCUUUGGAAAGCAGGGCAAUAGGCAUUGUCACUCUUAUCGCGCAUGGUUUUAAACUUUGAUAUUACUUCCGUGAUAUGAUCUGUGUUUGUAAAAAUUUUAUUUUGCAAAUUGUCCAAUCGUUUUUAAUAUUUAAGAUGGUAAAAAGAGAAGACGAGGUAGUUGCAAUGUAUCUAUAUGCAGUGCACGGUCUCAAUUUUGAAACUGUGAUUAUCAUUUACUGCAUGUUCAUAAAGCAUAGAAAGAAAAAGAAGCGCGCGUGCGUGCUUGCUGCAUGCAUGUACGGAUGGAUGGAUGGAUGGAUUGAUGGAUGUACGGACGGACGGACGGACGGACGGACGGACGGACGGACGGAUGAUUAUAAUUCCAACAUUUUAUAGAUGAAUACUUAAAGGCAAUUAGCAAAACGUUUUAAAAUUACGAAUGUAUUAUAAGAAAUGUGAAGAAUAUUUUGAGAAUUGCAACAAUAUUCCAAAACAUUCAAAUACGAGAUCACACUAAUAAUUAUUUCAAAUAUAUUAUAAUUAUAUAAUUACUUAUAUACUGUUAGCUCGCUAUUAGCUGUAUUACGUGGAAUAUUAAUUAGGUAACAAAUUUAUAUAAAAACACGUAAUUAUUUUUUAUGCUUAUUUUUAUGGGCCGAUAGUAGAAGGAUUUUCUUGUGGUAUAAAUAUUUUCUCGAAUAUGCAACGAAAUUCCCUAGGGUCUCUUUACGUUUCCUGGUGUAAUAUUAUAUAUUGUACCUUAAAAUGUGUAAUAUUAUGUUUUUUUUUUGUUUUUUUUUUGUGAUUACAUAAUUGUACAAAUUUUUUUAGCAAUAUCUAGGACUGACUUUUAUAUAAAACUUUACCUUUAACAUUUAGGAAAGAUUAUAAAACAUCUAUUAAUUGUAAAUUUUAAUUUGUUACGAGGCAGACCACGCAAAGGUGAAAUAGUUACAACUUUACGUAUUACUAGAUACGUGCAAACGAUAUAUGUAUUGCGAAUAACAUUUAUUAAUUUUGAAAUGAUCGUACUUAAUUAUGACGUUAAAUACUAUUGGAUCGAAGUUCAUUGAAUCAAAGUCAUAAAAAAUAUUGUGCUAAGUAGCAAACUGUCAGACCAGGGAUUGUAUUGGAACACAAACCGGUGUAAUUUAUCGAUCAGUCCCAUAAACAGUAUUUAUAACAUUGAAAUGUAAAUUACGAAGAUAUUCGUUACAUUUGUCUGUAAUUAAUUAUGUUUGUGAUUUAUCUAUAUUCCAAUUUUUGUAUAGAUUCAUAUUAAAUUCUGUACACUUUUGUGCAUUAGCGACAAGUUUUUUUUCUUGUACAUUUUUACAUGUCAGUUCAAUGCAGUAUAUAUACGUCUAAGUGGGUACUGUCUUACACAAUAAUUAAACAUUGCGAUACUUAUAAGUCUUUCAUAACAUUAUUUGAAACCAAAAGAAGAUUUGCUUUAUUUAACCAUGUAUAUGUUUUAAAUUAUUAAAGUAGAUUUGAAAAUGAAA